ACGUGCCGGCUGCGUUGACUGGCGCACGCUUCUUGAAAUACUGACGUCCCUGCCGCGCCAUCUUUAGAAAACAGUGAGCCCAACACUGAAUGAAACUUGAUUUCCGUCGUUUUUGGGAGCUGCUCGCCAUAUGGAGUGAUAGCCUUGUUUUUCCAGGUGUUUGAUCAGUAAAGGAGAUCAUGGGGAUCAAGGUUCAGCGCACUCGGUGCUUCCUUGACAUUGGCAUCAGUAAUGUGCUCGUCGGCAGAGUUGUGGUUGAAUUGUUCUCAGACAUCUGUCCCAAAACUUGUGAAAACUUCAGGUGCCUCUGCACAGGUGAAAAAGGCAUUGGUAAAGGCACUAUGAAACCCCUGCACUACAAAGGAUGUCUGUUCCAUCGAGUUGUAAAAGACUUCAUGAUUCAAGGAGGAGACUUCAGCGAAGGUAAUGGACGAGGAGGCGAAUCCAUCUAUGGAGGCUUUUUUGAAGAUGAAAGCUUUGCUGUUAAACACAACAAGGAGUACCUGUUGUCUAUGGCCAAUAGGGGCAAAGAUACAAAUGGAUCACAGUUUUUUAUAACAACAAAACCCUCACCACAUCUGGAUGGUGUCCAUGUGGUUUUCGGUCAUGUGAUUUCUGGCCAAGAGGUUGUUCAAACCAUGGAGAACCAGAAAACGGAUCCUAAUAGCAGACCGUAUGCUGACGUGAAAGUUUUGAACUGCGGAGAGCUUGUCCCUAAAUCUAAAGCAAAGAAAGAUGAAAAAAAGAAAGAGCGAGCCUCUUCUAGUUCCAGCAGUAGCUCCAGCAACUCUGAGAGCUCAUCACAGUCCUCCUCUGAUUCUGAAGAAUCUGAGAAGGAAUCUAAGAAGAAGAAGAAAAAGAAGGCGAAAAAGCUAAAAAAGAAAGAGAAGAAGGAAAAGAAAAGAUCAGAGGCUGAAAGUGCUGAAGAGAAAGAACAAGAAGAGGUGGUUACAUCUACUGUACGUCCUGAAGAAAUUCCACCCAUCCCAGAGAACCGGUUCCUCAUGAGGAGGAGUCCCCAGGUGGCCCAGAAGCCAAAAGAAGAGGCUGAAAAGGUUCAGCCAAAAAAGGAGGAAAGGCCAAGAGAAAGUGCUGGCAUAACAUAUAAUUCUCAAUCAUCAUAUCACAGAAGACUGGUGAUGACACGGUCCGGGAGGAAGAUAAAAGGCAGGGGUCCGAGGCGCUAUCGGACUCCGUCACGCUCUCGUUCUAGGUCCAGAGAUCGUUUUCGGCGCAGUGAAACCCCUCCACACUGGCGUCAGGAGAUGCAACGUCAGAGGAUGAGGGCAGUCACUGGAGAGCGCUGGAUUAAGGGUGACAAAGGGGACAUGAACGAGGCCAAGGAUGAGGCUGCUAAAGCUCCAAGAAGAGAAAGAUGGACCGCUGACACAAAGCGCGAACACACAGCUGAGGGUAAAAAAGACAAGAAAACUCGGUCACAUAGAUCCAAAAGCAAAGAAGAGGACAAUGAUGACAAGAAUGAGAAUCAUAGCAAACACAAGGCAAAGAAACGGGAUAAAUCCCAAAGCCGCAGUAAAAGCAGGGAAAAGAGUAGGAGGUCUAAAAGCAGAGAGAAGGGUCAUAAGCACAAAAGUGAUGACAGAAGAGGUCGCUCAAGGAGCAAAGACCAAAAUGUGAAUAAGAAGGAAAAGGAGUCGGAGUCUGAUCACAAUAAAGAUAGAAAUAAGGGUCAUGAGUCGGAUAAAAAGCAUAAAGAGGAUACCAAAGGAAGAAAUGGUGAGAGAACUAGAACGAAGUCACAAAGUAAGGAAAGGCCAACAACAAAAGAUGGGCACAGAUCAAGCAGCAGGAACAGGGAUAAGAGCGGGCGUGCAGCGUCAAAAGACAAAGAAGAAAAACGAGAAAAGGACAGAGAGAGGGGCAAAGAACGUAUUAGGAGUCAGGACAGACGACACAACAGUGAAAGGGAGAAUAAGAAGCGAGGGACAUCCAGGGAUAAGGAACAGCGAACAAGAAGUCCAGAAAGAAAUAAGCCGAGAGACUCCCACAGAGGCAGGCGCUCCAGAAGCAAGAGCAAUAAGAGAGACCACAGCAAAGAUCGGUCGUCUCAUAGAAAGGACAAAGACAGAGAAUCUGGCAACCAAAGGAGAAGACGUAGCAGCAGUUCUGAGAGCGAUAGAGAUGAGAAAAGGAAGAGUCAAAAGAGCCCAGAUGGCAAACGGAGAAAAGCAAAUAGUAGCUCCAGAUCCAAAGACCGAAGAAGCCCGGCCAAACCAAGACCAGAUAGUACAAAGGGCAAAGACCGAAACGACAGCAAGAGGAAUAAAUCGAGCUCAAGCUCUCACAGCGACUGAGACAGUGAUGAAAUCCUAAAGGAAUAGAUUGGGAGUUUUAAAGUCUGUCCCUAUUUUUUUACCCACUACACAUAUAGUAUGCAGCAUCAUCUUUCCAUCUUCAAAAUCCUCAUUCAGUGCAUACAAACCCAUUCCACAGUUGAGCCAAAGCUAACAGGGUUAUACAGAAGUCCGUCAAAGCUCAUUUCCAAACUGUGAAUACCACUCCUCAAACCUGCAGUGGCAGACUGUAGCAUCAUGUAAGCUUUGGCUGAACUAUGGUCUUCAUUUUGU